AUGUCUAGCUCGUCACAUUCAACUAUGGUGAAAGUUAUGCUUUCUAUUCUUGUGAUUGCCUUGAUUUCCAAGGUAAAUUCGCAAAUGGAAAUGCCAAUGGACAUGCAAAAUUUUAUGGAAGCUCACAAUCAGGGACAAAUGCCUCCAAUGAAUCAAGAAAUGCAUCAAAUGCAACAAGAACACGAGCCCAUCGUUGGAUCACCACUUGGAUUAGGCUUAGGAAUGCUAAAGCUUCAUGCAUUGAACCCAUUAAAUCCACUUAAUAUUCUUCCUAUUCCUGGAGCUCGAGCAAGUCAUUUAAGUCUUGGUCGAAUCGGAAAACUUCAUUAUGGGCAUCAUUUGCUAGGAGCUGCUAAUCCAUUUGCUGAUGAAUCAGAGGCUGAAAUGGGACUGGAGCAAUAUCAUCAAGUUGAACCUCACCUCGCAGCUCCCCAACAAGAACAUGGUUUCUUACCUUUGUUCAUAAACGAAGCAGAACAAAUGGUCGGAGCGCCAAUUCCACAACACAUGAUGCAAGCUGAUCAAAUGCCAAUGAAUUUUCCACCACCUCAAAUGCAUCAACAACCCAUCCAGCACAAUCCAAUGCAAAUGAGAGCUGAUCAAAUGCCUCAAAUGAUGCCACAAGAACCUAUGGAAUUUAUUAUCCCACAAAUGGAACCACAACAAAUUAUGGAUAUUAUUCCUCAACAAAUGAUGGAUAUUAUUCCCCAACAAAUGAUGGAUACUAUUCCCCAACAAAUGCAACCUAUUGGUCCACCAAUGCGCAUGGAUGCUAUGCCAAUUCCUCAUCCCGAAGAUAUGCAUACACAACAUGAAAGAACUUGGGGAAAAUGGUAUAAAGGAUAUUCCAAAGGUGACGACGAUUACGGCUAUGACAAAGGAUAUGAUAAAGGCAAAGGAUAUAAUAAAGGUUACGACAAGGGUUAUGACAAGGGGGGCUAUGACAAGGGAUAUGAUAAAGGAAAGGGAUAUGGCAAAGGUUACGGGCACGACAAAGGAUAUGGAGGUGGUUACGGAAAAGGAUAUGGCCAUGAUGAUUACGGAAAGGGAUACGGUGGUGGUUAUGGAGGCGGCGGAAAUGAUUACGGAAAAGGAUAUGGCCAUGAUGAUUACGGAAAAGGAUAUGGCCAUGAUGAUUACGGAAAAGGAUAUGGUGGUGGUUAUGGAAGCGGCGGAAAUGAUUACGGAAAAGGAUACGGUGGUGGUUAUGGAGGCAGCGGAAAUGAUUACGGGAAAGGAUACGGAAGUGGUGGAAAAGGAUACGGUGGUGGUUAUGGAGGUGGUGGAAAUGAUUACGGCAAAGGUUAUGGCGGUGGUUACGGAGGCGGUGGAAAUGAUUACGGAAAAGGAUAUGGCGGUGGUUAUGGAGGCGGUGGAAAUGAUUAUGGAAAAGGAUAUGGAAGUGGAGGAAAUGAUUAUGGAAAAGGAUAUGGCAGUGAGUAUGGAAGUGGUGGAAAAGGAUAUGGCAGUGGGUAUGGAAGCAGUGGAAAGGGCAAUUCAUAUGGUGGCGGUUAUAACUCUUAUGGUGGUGGGUCCUACAGUGGGUCAAAAAGCAAUAAAAUCAGAUACAGCGUUUCCAUCCAAACCCCAACCAAUGCCAUUCAUCGACCAUUAUUCAGUGCACCAUUUCCCAAUGCAAUUCUCGGAGCUCCUGUACCUUCACUAGAUAACGAAAGUGGUGAUGGGAUUGUAGCAACACAUAUAAACGAUUAUGAAGAUAUUGUAGGAGCUCCGAAAAGUGAUAUAGAAGAGAUCAGAAAUGCGAUAAAAUUACUUCCACCAGCACCAGAAAUCAAUCUUCCAUCAUUUCAAACAGCUUCACCUCAAAAAAAUCUUAGAGAACGGCUUAUGAAACCUUACUUUGGUGUUCACUCAGAAAAGCAGUGGGAUAAGAAUGCAUUCAUGGGAAGAAUCAUGGGACCAAUCGAAGAUAUUUAUUUUGAAUUCUUACCCAACCUUGAAAUGGUUCAGAAACUUAAUAUUAAAUAAUGAUGAUCGCAUAAUCACAUAAAUAAGCUCAAAAUUCAUUUUUUUCUUUUGGAUUUUUCUAACUUUUCUCUUUUCAUUAUUAUCAAUUUUAUUGAAGUAAGUUUUUUUGUAUUUUUUUAAAAAUAAAUUAUCGCCAAUUUUGUAGCAAAACUUUAAU